GUGGAUAGUUGACGAAGAAACAAGAAAAUGGAAACAAUCUUUGAAAUACAACGGCGUUUGCACGAGGAAUGUGACCGGCUUGUGAUGGCCAUGUCGGAGGAGCUGAUGAUUCCAAAGAAAACGACUAAAGAAAAGGUACUGGCCGAUCAUAGGAUCAAAACCUAUCUGGAGCGUUAUCAGACGUGCUCGAAGUCGCUGCUGGAGCUGUAUCAGGACAAGGAUGGCGAAAGGAAGCAAGAAAUCACGAACAUGAGUGUGAACGAGUUCAAAGAGUUUUACAGCCAGUUCAAUGGGUUAAUCGAUUUCCAUUCCAAUCACGGCAACAACGUGGCAGUGCCGGCCUCGAUCGAAUUCGACAAGCUAAAAGAGCAGCUGAACGAUCCGGCGUACUUGGCCGAGGUGGUGAAAUUUAGCGACGUCGAAAACUACGGUCAAUACUUGGACCUUCACGAAUGUUACGAUAACUUCGUCAACCUGAAGGGCAUCGAUAAGAUCGAUUACAUUACGUAUCUGUCCGAGUUCAACAAGUUUGUCGACAUUUCGCGCAAACAGAAGAACCUAAAAUUCAAAGGCUACCUUCAGCUGUUGCACGAUUAUCUCUAUUCCUUCAUAACCCGUAGUCGGCCGCUGUUCUUCGAGCUGGAGCAUACGGUAAAGCGCAACGAGCUCCAGUUUGAGGACAUGUGGAAGAACGGGAUCGUGCCGGGAUGGGAAAAAGUGCGCGAGGUGGACGACGACGCGCUAAUCAAUUUGAACGAAUUCGGCAAAUGGGAGGAUCUAACAUACCUAGGGCUAGACAGGCUGAAGGCCGCUCUGCAGGCCCUCGGUAUGAAGUGCGGCGGUACGCUGGAAGAGCGGGCGCAACGGCUGUUCGCCUCAAAGGACGACAAAAAUCAGGAGAACGAACGAAAGCGAAUGAUGAAUCUGAACAAGGAGAAGGACAUCGCGCUGUUGGAGUUCAAAAUCGUGAAGCUAGCGGAUCUCGUGGACGAUCAGAUCUACGAGACGAAAAUCAAUCUGCAACGCAAGCAAGCCCGCUACACACUGGACGAAAGCGACGAAGACAGCAUGGAUGACGUCGAGUCGGACGAUGAUGAUGGCAUUCCGUACAACCCGAAGAAUCUGCCCCUCGGGUACGACGGAAAGCCGAUUCCGUACUGGCUGUACAAGCUGCACCAGUUGCACUUCACGUACGAGUGCGAAAUCUGCGGCAACUACAAGUACAACGGUCCGAAAGCGUUCCAAAACCACUUUUCCGAGUGGCGCCACGCGCACGGCAUGCGCUGCCUGGGCAUCCCGAACACGGCACACUUUGCCAACAUAACAAAGAUCGAGGACGCCCUGCUGCUGUGGGACAAGGUGAAGGAUCAAACGUUCUCAAAGAUGUGGGUGCCGGCGAACGAGGAAGAGUUCGAGGAUUCGCGGGGCAACAUUCUCAGCAAGAAGGUGUAUCUCGAUUUGCAGAAGCAAGGCCUGCUGUAGAAUUGCGCCCACCCUCGGCCACGGGGCCAGGAAAACAAGCGCCGCAAACACGCUUAUCUAUCGCCACCCUUUUUCGCUUCCCCUUGGUGUGGUUGGCGCCAACGAAAUGAUUCAAUCGCGCAAUCCAAACCGUUGUGUGUUUACGUCUUUGCGCGCGCCCGUUUUGUAAUUUGCAUCCAAACGUGUCUGGCAUUUGCAGCGAGGGAAAAGGGAUUUGCAUACCGCUGCCCAGAGUUGCCUCGCCCCGUGAAUGGGAAGCAUAUGCACGAAACUGUGCUCUAUUUUUAACCCGGCACAGCAGAGAGGGCAAGAAUUUUCUCUGCAGUGUGUACCGAACACCGUGCCGCCGGAUGUUUGGGACGCUGACGAUUUGUCUUCUUCGCGAAUAGUAGAAUAAAACAUUU